AUUGUGCCCAUUUUUGCGUUUUAAAGUGAGCUCCAAUUGGAUUUUUUAAUUCCAAUACCGUUUGUCCGCAAUUGGGAAAAAUCGAAUUGGGAAUUUCACAUUAAUGCAUAAGUCUUACCAGAAGUUUAUGUUCACAUCUUUUCGUACAUGUGUGUGCGUUUAUGCGCAUAAAUCCGGACGUAUAUACACAUUUGUGAACACAUAUGUGUACAUACAUACAUAUGUAUCUACAAAGAAGAAUAAAGACUAAAGCGAAUUGCAAUUAUUUUAGGAAAAGGGCAUACAAAUACAAAUGGAUGUGUGUAUAAUCAUUUCGAAAAUACCUACAUAAAUGAAUCCAAAUACUAAAUUUACAUACACACAAUUUUUGUAUUGACAUAAAACUUGACAUAUCUUUAAAUAAAUUUCCUUUACGAUAUCAAAUCAAAGGAUAGAAUAGAAUGGGUAAUAAUUGCUUGAAAAUGAACAGUUCUGAUGACAUUUCACUUUUGCGAGGCAGUGAAAGUCUACACGGGCAAAACAGCGCAGUGCCAAUGUUUCAGAAUGAGCAGUACCAACAAAUCUUUUAUCCGACGACCUCCACUUCCAUCGGCCAUGCUCCAAUAGCGGCGGGCCAUUCACAACAUUCCGAGGAGGACCAAGUAAAACUAGCAAAACGGAUUGGUUUAAUGCAACAUUUGCCAAUAGGAACAUAUGAUGGGAGCUCGAAAAAAUCACGAGAAUGUGUUAUUUGUAUGGCCGAAUUUUGUGUUGAUGAAGCUGUUCGCUAUCUUCCAUGCAUGCAUAUUUAUCACGUCAAUUGCAUAGACGACUGGUUAAUGAGAAGUCUCACAUGUCCCAGUUGCUUAGAGCCGGUCGAUGCUGCUUUGUUAACAAGCUAUGAAACAACAUAGCUCAACUGCAAUAUGCCACUGUCUGUUAGUCAAUACAGUAGGCACUUUAAAACAGGCAAAUACCAUGAACAUUUUUAUUGUUAAACUCGUCAUAGUAAUCAUUGAUUAAAAAAGUUUCUUUAUCUGUAUUGUUACCGCUUGUGGGUAUAUAUUAUCAUUUUACUAUGGAUUCAGUUGAUAUAAGUAUAUACAAUAAUAAGUUACAUGUGUAAAAAUUGUGAGAUCAAAAUUUAUAAAAUUAUAAGUACUAUACAUAUAUGUAUAUUUAACAUUGUUAAUAUUCAAACAAUACUAUUAAACACAUAGAAUAAACUAUAGUAAGCAAAGCUAGUGUAAGACUAUUAUAAAAUAUACAUACAACGGAUCUGUACAA